GAAAACAGUCCGAAAGUUUUAUUCGUAUUCGCAAGUGCCAAGAAGGGCGCGGGCUUCGCGAUAGUUGAUAAAUAUUAUUGCGACAUUAAUAAAAUUUUGAUCAGUAAUGGAGACCCUCGAAUCGAGUCGUGUAUGCCGUCUGUGCGGCCAGCACUCGGGGAUCUGCAUAAACAUAUUUGACAAAACUGAGAAUCAUGUGAAGAAAAUCAACGCCGUUCUUCCGAUAUUGGUACACGAAAUGGAUAUGCUACCGAAACAAAUGUGCCAUCGAUGCAGCUACAAAUUGGAAGAAUUUCAUAAGUUUUAUGCAGAUUGCCUAAAGACAGAUAUGAAUCUAAAAAGCCAGUUAUCUUGGAUGAGAAAGAGAGAAGUUGAGGAUGACAUCAGAGUUCCGAUGGUGCAGAUCGAAAAUGUCAAGAUUAAAUCUGAGCCUCCUGAUUACGAUAUUUAUGAACUCGAUCCAAUUGUUGAUAAUGUUAAUUAUAUAAGAUCGAUGAGCUCCAUGACUUUCUCUAUGAAUAGCGUUAGGAAUAACAAUGUUAACUCGACUAGGAUAAGUAACGUAGAUCGGCGUUAUACCUGUAAUAAUACCUUUGCUAAUUGUGCACAUUGCAAAUUUGAUUACGAUAAAAGUAUCUCGACUAAUCAGACUGCCCUAUCAACUGACCAGACGAGUGAUAGCAGGCCAAAGUGCAAUGCGAAAAAAGACUGUAGCAGUUCAAGUGUUGCGAAUACAUUGCAGGACAAUCAGAAAAAUAACAUGUCAAAAUAUAUGCGGAGAUUAAAGCACGGCUUGUCAAAGGAAAUACACGCUCUAGGUAUUGGAAAUAUAUUGGAUACUGACCAAGUGAAGGAAAUUAAAGUUAAAACUGAAAAACCAGACACGACGGAAGUGCGGUCUUUACGACCGAGAAAUAAGUCUGUAGAUUAUCUUGGUACAAAAAGAAAAAAGGAUAAUUUAAUUGUCAAUCCAGCGAAUAGAUCUGUUAACGCAUAUAUUAAGCAGAGAAGGUCGACUAAGCAGAUACCAGAUUCUGAAAUCGAUAACAGACUUGUUUUAAGCCAAAUAAAAACAGAACCGCUUGAAGAGAUUCCAAGUCGAACUUUAAGACCUAGAAAAUCCGGGGUAGAUAAUCUUGGGUGUAAGAGAAAGGAGGAUAGAUCUGGUAAAAAUGAAGUUCGCCCAAAGAAGCGCAAAUCGUUGAACAAUAUUAAAGAGAACUCCAGAUUGGGUUCGGGAAAAAGGUUUUCUGGCUUCAUUUCGAACAAUAUGGACUUCAAAGUAAAGGAAGAGCUUCUUUCGUAUGAAGAAACUGCAAAUGUGGAGCAAGAAAAUAAUACUAACUUUAGCAAUGGAAUUCCGGAGAAUUGCGUGCGAAAUUUGAGCAGCUUGUUCGACAGACAGAUUAACCAACCGAUAAAAGUUGAGGAAAAUAUCGAAAACAGAUACCCAGACCGACUUCAGCAAUCUACCUCCAGCAGAUUAUCAAAAUGUGUGCAAAAGUUGACUUCGAAUAAAUUAUUGCGUAGAAAUGUAGCGGUAAAACGAACGUCAGGUAUUAACUAUUCUCCAAAACAUUUGAGGAGUCAAGACUUGCGCCUGAGAAAUGGCAAGGUGAAAAAUCCAGCAUUCAAUCGGUUUUCAGUUCCGAGUUUAAAGAAAAGACUUAUUCAACCGAAUGUGGCAAGAGGUGCACUUGGUAGAAAUUCACCAUCCAAAAUCAAAGAUAAUUUAAAGGCGACGAAAGUUUCUACAUCGUUGAAAACCGCUGAUAACAUUAAAAAGUUUUGUGAAAAAUGUUGUAAUAGUUUUUUAAAUAAGGAACUUUACGAGCUCCAUCGGCGCGAUUGUGGUAGAUUCAUUAAGCACCACUUUGAAUAAUUUUUUUAUAUUCAGUAUGCUGUGGUUGGUGCUAAGGAUAUUUUCCAACAUUAUUUUUUUAUUCAAGAUUUAAACUAAAACUGUACGAUUCUUCUGUAGAUGUACAUCGUAUAUUAAACGAGCUAUUGCUACCAAAUAUAACAUACACAAACAUGCUUUAUAAUUAGCUGUUUUAAUUCAAAAGUCGCAAUAUUUUUUGUUAAAGUUCAGUCCUUGAAUUUAUUAUUGCCGUGAGUCAAGGAAUGUGAUACUUCGAUAUAUGUCUUAUGUACAAUAGAGAGUCAUUAUUAUUUUUCAUUCACAAAUUUUGAAGCUGCAGUUAAGGUUUUAACCCGCGUGCGUAUCAAUCAGUUAAUAUCAUAUCUCAAUAGUGUUGACAAAUAAACUAGUAACUAAAAUAUUUGUUAAGAUUUAAUAGCGUCAAGACAUGAAAGUGACAAAGAUAAUACUAUUGUUAUACUUACGUGAAAUAAUAACGUAUUUAAGCAGAGUUGAAAAUUAUAAAGUAUGUACCUAUACAUAUUAUAUUCUUCUAGUAGCAUAUAAAAAAGAUUUAUCACUGUUAAAGAAUUGUUUUUGGUACAAUUUUGUCCAUAGACUGUAACCAAAGUAUCUGGCAAAGCGUGUAACUGUUACAAAAGAGAUGGUGAAUUGUUACGAAAACCACAAUUUUGCUUUCUUUCUUCACGUUGCUGUGUUUUCUUGCAUUUGGCAAAUAAUUAUUUUUAAUCAUGGCACAUUGAAUUUUUUCAAAUUGAAAUAAUGUUUAAUAUGGUUCUGAAAUACAUGUUUUUUUCCCUUAAUUCUUUUGUGGGACGUAAUCUUUCAUUACAUACACACAAGCACAAUACCACGAAGAAGAUUUAAUGUCUUUCAUUUAUAAUUUACAAGCAAAUGCAUAUAUGGUUUAACUGCACAAACAUGUUCAACCAAUACGUAUAAAAUAUGAAUCAUAUGAUUAUUCCGUCAUACAUCUUGCAUCAUACAACAAAGAGUUGAUCAUACUAAUCUGGUAAAUAAUUCACUUCUAAAUUUGUAUUACCAUGUAGUUAUUAUUUCUUGAUUUAUCAUUUCCUGUACAAUCAACAAAAUUUAUGUACCAUAACAUUGACCAAAAGAAAUGAUAAUCAUUAAGUGUGAAUAAUAAACAAAAAUAAUGAUAUUAUUUUCCGUAUUUUGCCUUUUAUGUUCUGAAAAUUUAGCCCACACCAAGUUGUUCCUUAAUAAAUAUUUUCAUCACAAA